AUGGCACCAACACAACAGGCUAGCUCCAAGCAGGAGCUCAGCACCAAGGAUGCCAUGUUCCUCCUCGAGCUCAUGCGCGAUUCCCCUCAGCCUAUCUUGUUCUACAUCAGCCCCUACUGCCAAAAGACAGGGGCUAAGCCGAACACGGUUGCGAAGAGACUCAGUGAGAUCAAGAAGCGUAAUGGUCUGAAUAUCGUUACUACUACAAACCCACCAACCGGUAAUAAUGGUUAUGCCGUUCCCAAGGCUGCAUGUGCUGGGAAGCGUGGGCGUGGCGACGACGAAAGCGAGGGAAAGCCUAACGUUAAACGUGGACGAGCACUGAAGGCCGCCGGGGAGCCAUUUGCCCAGGAACCCCCUAGCGUAAACCGGGUAAAGGUGGAAGCCAGCGAUUUUCAAGGUUUGGGCGUCACCUACAGUCUCCCUUCCCCAGCGGAUUCGACGGCCGGAACAACGCCUCUCGGCACCACCGCCAUGGGAGAGAUCACCGGCUGGAGCAUGACGCAGAUCCCCCUCUACAUGUCUCAGAAGAAGCGAACCCUGAAUGACUUCCAGGAGCGCGAGCACGACAUCAACAAGAAGAUAAAGACUGAGAGUUAG